AUGGAGGAAAUCCUCGAAGAACCACAAAUUACCUCGGCAGGUACCUCGUUUGCGCCGCCGAAGGUUCUCAUUAUGAUGGCCGACUAUGGCCACGACCCCACGGAAACUGCCGUCCCUUAUACCGCAUUCAAGAACGCAGGCUAUGAUGUCAAAUUCGCAACCGAGACCGGAAACCAUCCGCGAUGCGACAAGAAAAUGCUGGAGGGGUUCACUCAAAAGCUACUCGGUGCGAAGAAAGAAGUUGUUCACCUAUACAAGAAGAUGGCCGUGAGCGAAGAGAUGCGCCACCCACUCUCGUGGUCUGCUCCAGGCUUCUCCCUCGACCCCUUCGAUCUCGUCCUCUUCCCUGGAGGCCACGAUAAGGGAAUGAAGCAGAUCAUCGAGUCGCCCAUCGUGCAUAAGCUUGUAUUGGACUACUUCCCGAAGACUAAGAAGCCGAGCAAGAAAGUUAUCGCUGCCGUGUGCCACGGCGUCAUGGUCUUGGCCGAGUCAAAAGAUGUCGAGGGUAGAAGCGUCAUACGGCAUUGCAAGACGACAGCACUGCCAGCGAAAUUCGAGCAGGCCGCGUACUGGAGUACCAGGGCAGUCCUUGGCGACUACUAUAAGACAUACGGCCAUGGAAGCGAAGACGUCGAGCAAUCGGUUAAAAAGGUACUCGCCGAUCCAUCUCAGUUUAAGGCCAGUUUGAAUCCCGGUCCCUUCACUGUUGAGGAUGAUCAGUACAAUUACAUCAGUGCUCGAUAUCCCGCUGAUGCGGAGCUAUUCGCCGAGGAAAUCAUCAAGCUAUUUGAAAGCUUCCAUAAGAUUGCGUAG